AUGUAUGAGUGCGAGUCAUGCAGAUUCAGGCUCGACAAAGGAUGCAUAGAUUUGCCACAGAAGACUUUAAACCCCUACCAUCCACAUACUUUACAUGGCGAGCCUCAUCAAGGGAUACAAGUUACAUGCACUGUCUGCUGCAAACAAGUUCCACCAGGCUUUUUUUACCGCUGUCAGCCUUGCGAUCUCCACUUGGAUGUUAAAUGUGCUUUCUAUAAACUGACCAGGGAAGAACUUCGUCAUUUCAGUCACUUCCAUCCACUGAAACUCUAUGAAGCCCAUUCUGGAGUUCAGGCUCAACCUGUUGAAUGUGCUUUAUGCAACUUUUUUUUAAAAAAUUGCAAGUUCACAGCGAAGCUUAAUCUGGCUGUAGAAUUCAUCAGACUUGAAGGUCUAAAGCAAUUCUAUCAUUUCAGUCACAGGCAUGCAUUGGAAUUGACCGGAAAAGACAAUGAGGAUGAUCAAGUGAUCAAUUACUUUGCUUUUAGCAUGGAUAUUGAAUGUGCUCUGCUUCCCACCAUGAAAUCUCAGAGCGAUGAAGAGUACUUUUGCCAUUUCAGUCAUGGGCAUCCAUUAACACUCACUGAGAUAAAAGACGAUGAUCAGUUUUACUGCUCUGCUUGCAGGAGCUGCUUUUCAGUUUCAGCUGCUGUUUGCAGAAAAUGUAGUUUCUUUCUUGAAAAAUCAUGCUUUGAUUUUCCACGAGAAAUUCAAUAUGACUUCCACCCACGCCAUCCUCUCAUCCUCCAAGCCAAGCCAACAAAAUUCAAUCUACCAAAGCUCACCGUCUCUUACGAAGCUGUGGCACUAUCUGUGACUCGUGUGCGUUCCAUUAAGAUGAAUCAGAGGAGUCUGUUUGUGAUGUCUGUGAGAAGGAAAGAGAGCCACGGUUAUGAGUCUGUAAUUGCAAAGCUUGCCUCUUUCCUGCCGAAGCUAAAUGCAUAUGUCAUAUCUGAGGUUGUGUUUGCAUUGAACGGAAACUAUGAAGGAGUGGAGUUGAGGACUCUUGAUGGACAAAUGAGUGGUAAGCUGGUUUUCCAAAGUUUAGAGGUCAAGCCAAAAGAAAAACAAAAUAACUGCAAUGAAGCUGGGGAAACGGUGAUCGAACCUGUUAUAAACUUGGAUGAUGUGCUAGCCUCGUUCAAUGAAGAUGAGAUGAUAGAAUUGAAGGGUGUUUUAGCUGCGAGCAGAAGGGAUGUAAAUGUAGCAGAAGAGAACCGUCGCAAAGAUAGUGAAGUGUCCCUCUUCUCAUGUUCAGAUUUGGUAACUGCUUUCAGUGGUUAUGAAAAUAUGGAAACAAAUGGCGUUUUGGAAGCUACAGGAAGAGAGAUAAUUGGGGGCGCCAAGAUAUCUUCCAAAGAUCAGAGAAAAGAUGGUGACGAAAAGCUAAAAAUUUCCCUGUCCUCGGACAGGGCAUAUAAACAUUUUUUGGAGAGGCUUGAUUCUAGCACCGAUUUUUCUUCUUUGAAACUCUGGGAAGGAAAUGAAGAGGUUGUGAAUGUUAUGGGUUACUUGAUACCUUAG